GCAUUAUCUAUAGUACACGUGACACCAACUAUAGAUAUGUGCACGCAAUGGGAAUGUUCCGGAACGCAGCAGAACGUAGCUAGAGAUAGAGGAGAUAGGGCAACAUUCCUAAAUAAUCUGUCCUUUAUCGAUCAGUAUUAAAAAUUUUAUUUCGUCACAAGUAAAAUAACGAGAGAUCAAUCAAGAUCCAAGUAUCAAAGUUAUUUCUCAAGAAAGCCUAAUUUAAAAGAGAAUUAACAUUGUCAAUUUUGAUUAUAUAACGGUCCAUUCCAUUUUGUUGUCAUUACUUUAAGUUCUCAAGUGUACAAUUGUUACAAUAAUGGAUAAGAAGGAUAAAUUGCAAAUAUUGAGAAAUGCUAUAAAGAGUUAUCCUGACUUCCCUGAACCUGGGGUUAUUUUUCGAGAUAUAUUUAGUGUGUUUCACAAUGUCGUUGCGUUACGAGCGAUGAAAGAUUUAAUCAUGGAGCACAUGUUGUACCUCCAAGUCGAUUUAGUUGUUGGAUUGGAUUCGCGUGGCUUUCUCUUUGGUCCUAUGAUAUGCAUGGAGCUCGACAAGCCUUUCUUGCCUAUUAGAAAAAAGGGUAAACUUCCAGGCAAGGUUAAUCAGCAAAAGUACACGUUGGAAUAUGGAGAAGCGACAUUCGAAUUGCAAACAGAAUUCAUCGACAAAGGAACCCGAGUGCUAAUUGUUGACGAUUUACUGGCAACUGGAGGUACCAUGGCUGCAGCAGUGGAAUUAUUAAAAUCAGUAGGCGCUAAUGUAAUUGAAUGCUUAGUAAUAAUGGAGUUGACUCUGUUGAGAGGUCGAGAUAAGCUUAGCGUACCUGUUCAUUCCUUUAUACAAUAUGAUCAUUAGCAGAUAAUUUGUAAUAUAUUUGCAAGUACAAAUGUUCAGUCUGUCUGAACCAUCCACUAUCAACAAGAUGUUAAAUUUUAUCUUUUUAAUAAUAAUAGAUAAAAUGCAUUGUAUCUUUCUUACCACAUAACAUUGAAAUAAAAUAAAUAUUUUUCUAUACGUAUAUGUACACACGCUAUAUAAUAUACAAUAUAUCGUACUGUACAAAAUUUUAUACAUUUUUACAUUUUGUAUAUUUUAAUGUAAAAAGAUGUAAAGAUAAUGAUUUGUAAAAAGUAUACAAAUAAUUUUCAAGAAAAAUAUAUAACAAA